CAGGCAGCUCAGCAUUUCUCUGGUCACCAAAGGAAGGCAUUGCACUUUCUCAGAUGCUGAAUUAACUCUGUUGGAUCAACUCUAUUGACUGGAAGCAUCCCAUAGAACGUGCACACACAGCCACAGCUGCAUCUCCUUUUUAUGAAAUACUUUUCCUGACAGGCUUUUCCUAUCCUUGGACAGAAAUGGAAGCACAGCAGAGCAAGCUGGAUUUUUUCCACAAGCUGGGCUACGGCAAGGAGGAAGUGUGCCAAGUGCUGGAGAAGCUAGGCCAGGAAGCCUCAGAGAAUGAUUUACUACAAGAGCUGAUUCAGAUGGGGACUAGGUCCCAAGGGCCCGAGAACUGGACACAACGUUUUCACCUCAGUCCUGCGGCCCACGGAGCAGGCAGGGCCUUGCAAGUUUCCCAGUGGUCUAACGAGGAAGCAGAUGAUCCCUCCAGUAAUUUGAGACCGAUUGUGAUUGACGGCAGCAAUGUUGCAAUGAGCCAUGGAAAUAAAGAAGUGUUUUCAUGCUUGGGAAUUCAGCUGGUGGUGGACUGGUUCAAAAACAGAGGUCACCAAUAUAUCAAAGCCUUUGUCCCAUCUUGGAGAAAAGAACCAAGCCGAUUUGAUACCCCUAUUACAGACCAGCAUGUCCUUGAAAAGCUUGCAAAGGAAACAAUUCUCGUGUAUACACCAUCCCGCAAAAUGAAGGGCAAAAGGCUGGUGUGCUAUGAUGAUCGCUACAUUGUUAAACUAGCCUAUGAACAGGAUGGGGUCAUUGUUUCCAAUGACAACUUCCGGGACUUGCAGAAUGAGAAUCCUGAGUGGAAAUGGUUCAUCGAGCAGCGACUACUGAUGUAUUCUUUUGUCAAUGACAAAUUUAUGCCUCCUGAUGAUCCUUUAGGCCGACAUGGACCCCCUCUUGACAGUUUUCUCAGCAAAAAGCCACUUCUUCCUGAACCAAAAUGGCAGCUCUGCCCUUAUGACAAAAAAUGCACUUAUGGCAUCAAGUGCAAAUUUUACCACCCAGAGAGACUGAACUGGGACCAUCUCUCUGUAGCUGAUGAGCUCCGAGCUAAGACAAAGCCCUACCCACUUACUCAGAAGAUAGAGGACGAGAAGAUGACAACAAACUUCAUAAAGAACAAGGGUGGGAAUACAACAGGAUUAGCUGGUCCUAAAGGUGGUGGUGUCAUUGGCAGCAGGGGCAGCUCAGCAGUGUUUCACACUAAUCCCCCAAAGCGGGAAGGGGAAGAUAUCAGGGGUUCAGCAAGUGACUGGCCAAGCAUACAUCAAAGUAACCAACAACCUGAACUGACUAUAUUACAAGGUCAGGCAAGCCAUGCAGAGGCUGUGUCAAAGCAACUCACUGCACUCUCUCUCAGAGCCAGGACCCAUUCUGAAAAUACUCUUGCAGGUCCUGGUAAAUAUGAAGACCUAGUGGGUGCUCCACGUAAGGAUCGUUAUAUCCAAUACAACCAGAGUGUGCCUCUGUUUCAUCAUGGCCUGUGCUGGGACUGCCCAUGUUUACAAGUAUGUAAUUUCCAAGGAUGUUACAGGAUGCAAACACCAGCAGUACAGACAUCACCAAUACCUCCUUGUUCGGUGAGGCAGGGCUUGAAGGCCCAACCCAAAGGACAACACUACGCUAUAGCUUCUUCAGCUGAGUCAUUUCCAUACUGCAAGGGAGAUAUGCAAUAUUCUGGAAAUUUGCAGGCCGAGUCAUGUAACCAGGCACUUCAAUUGGAUUUCAGUUCAUUUGGAGCAGUAGAUCAUUACACCCAUCCUUCUGGUGCUGAGUUCCAGCAGAAUGUGGCUCUGAACCCACUUUCUGGAAAGCAAGCCAAUACUCAGCAAACUUUGUGCUUCGGCUUCCCAUACAGGGAGGCAGACCAAGCUGUAUCAUCUUCCUAUCCUGAUGUUAUAGACAUGAGAAAUUCAAUGCCAGUAGUUCAAAGGCACGGGAAUGUACAUAGAAGAUCCCCCAACAGAAAGCCAUGGUAGGGAGAGAAAUUUGGACAUGUCUUAUUAUAAGACUCCAACUCCACUGUACAUACAACUGGUACAAGUCACUUGAUGGGAAGAACAGCAGCAUUGAUAUAGUAAACUUGACUUGAGCUUUAAUUGUAUUCACUCCUUCUUUCCCACCCACCCACCCCCAGUUUGUCCCUUCUGAACUGCUGUCCUGACUGUCAAUCUAUCAAACCAAUUUGAAUUCUCCUCUAGAUCUUUCUUGCAUGGCCACUCUUCCUAAAAGUCUUUCUUCAACCACCACAGC